UAGAACUAAGAACCAUACAAGUUUCCAGAAAUUCGUGCUUCCACUGGACGACGCGAUUGAUAUAUACGCUCCCCUCGCAAGUCCGUUCCUAGGUGUGCUAGUUUGUCGACUGAAAACUGUGCAGCAAAUGAGCCCACGCUUUUUUUUUUUCUGUGCCUGGUCGGUCUCUGUGGUUGCAGUGUUUGAUUCCCGUUGCUCUGCUCCAAUGAUCAUGGUGCACAAGCUCAGAAUUCUGAGCGCUUCAACUGCAUCCUUUUUCUUGCUCUAGUUAGUCCUGUCCAUUUUACUGUGGCUAGGAAUAAAAUUAAUAGUGAUUCUAUGGUCCAACUUCUUAGAAAACUGUAUGGUCGACUAGUAAACUUAGGUACGUGUUUUUUUAUCUUGCUUUUUUAGCUUUCACGGGUUUGAGGUGUGCUUUUAUCAGAUCUCUGAUCUAGUAUGGUGUUGUUUGUGCUCUGAAGUUGUUUAAAAAGAACGUGUGUAAGUUAGGCUUCUGAGUUUGCUAUGCAGGGAGAGAACAGCUUAUUUUUUUUAUAAGCAGGUGAGUUAAGUUAAUUUUGGAUUUGCUAUGCUGAAAAGAGAGCAGCUUGAUCUAGUUUAACUAAGCAGGUGAAGUAAUUUGACUAAAAUAGAUGCUAUAGUGAAUCGUGCUAAGAAGAAAAUAUAUUUUUUAUCUGCUAUCAAACAUUCAUGUUUUUUUUUGGUUGUUGUUAUGUCAAUAUAUUUGCUAUGAUAAAAUAUCGGGCUGGCUUAAAUUCUACUGUUUGUUUCGGAAAGUUCAGCAAUCCUAAAGCAACAUAUGCAUAUUCAGGCAUACUAUGUUGUCCUUAAAUAACGUGGUUCAGGUUGUGGGAGAUAAACUCAUGGAUGCUCCUUCAAAGGUAUACUGUUAGUGGAGGUGUAGGAAGUGUUAAGGGGAUACAUAAUCGGUUUUGAGCUGCGAGGCCCUGCAUUUCUUCUGCCUGCUGUUUGAUUCACGGCCCACUCUUUUCCUUCUAUCCAUUCAAGCAAAGUACUGGAAUUUCUGAGCCCAAUUUAUUCAGGUCAUGGGAUUUGUUUGUCCUUAGCAGAGUUGAAGAUAAAGAGAGGAAGGCUAAACUCUGCUGAUCCGGUUCAUGCGAGCAAUGAGCCAACUGCAGUAGAGGUUUACAGUAGAGAGGUUUAGGGGGAGGUAUGAGAUACUACUCGCGUCAGGUCCAGCGUUUGGCUGGAGACACAGAAGGAGGAGUGCUGUUGUUUGUAGACGCCCUCAACUCCAAGUAACAAAGCGACCAGUUGUCAGCACUUCCUUUUGUUUUCGCAUUUCCCUGGAAUUGGAGAUGGAGAUAAAUUCUUCGGGUGAGGAAACGGUGAUAAAGGUGCGAAAGCCGUACACAAUAACAAAACAGCGGGAGCGGUGGACUGAGGCAGAGCACAAACGGUUCCUUGAAGCCCUCAAACUGUAUGGCAGAGCUUGGCAGCGCAUAGAAGAGCAUGUUGGGACAAAGACGGCCGUGCAAAUCAGAAGCCAUGCUCAGAAGUUCUUCACAAAGUUGGAAAAGGAAGCUAUCAACAAUGGUACUUCUCCAGGACAAGCUCAUGAUAUAGACAUACCUCCACCACGGCCUAAAAGAAAACCUAACUGUCCAUAUCCUCGAAAAGGUUGUCUCAGCUCUGAGACACCCACCAGAGAAGUUCCAAAAUCAAGUGUUAGCUUGAGCAAUAGCAAUUCACAAAUGGAAAGCAAUGGAACUCUUCAGGUCACCAGCACUCAGAAACUUCAAAGGAAGGAGUUGUCUGGAAACGGCAGUUGCUCAGAAGUUAUUAAUAUCUUUAGAGAAGCACCAUCUGCCUCAUUUUCUUCCUCUAACAAGAGCUCUUCAAAUCAUGGUGUCUCUGGGGGAAUUGAACCGACUAAAACAGAAAUCAAAGAUAUGGCAGCCAUGGAAAGGAAAUCUACUUCCGUUGAUGUGGCGAAGGAUGUAAAAGAUAUUAAUGACCAGGAAAUGGAAAGGAACAACAGAGUCCACAUCAGUUCUAAAUAUGACCGUUCUCAUGAAGAUUGUUUGGAUAGCUCAAUGAAACACAUGCAGUUGAAGCCAAAUACUGUGGAGACAACAUACACGGGUCAACAUGUUGCAAGUGCUCCACUCUACCAAAUGAAUAAGACUGGGGCAACUGGCACUCCAGACCCUGGAACUGAAGGAAGUCAUCCUGAUCAAACGAAUGAUCAAGUGGGAGGAGCUAAUGGAAGUAUGGACUGCAUCCAUCCAACACUUCCCGUGGAUCUAAAAUUUGGCAGCAGCUCCACAGCGCAGCCCUUUCCCCACAACUAUUCAGGCUUUGCACCAACGAUGCAAUGCCAGUGCAACCAAGAUGCCUACAGGUCAUCUGUUGAUAUGUCGUCCACCUUCUCCAACAUGCUCGUUUCCACAUUGUUAUCAAACCCCACAGUACAUGCAGCUGCAAGGCUUGCAGCAUCAUACUGGCCAGCAGCAGACAGCAACAUCCCUGUCGAUCCAAAUCAAGGAAUUUUUGCUCAGAAUGCUCAAGGAAGACAUAUUGUUUCUCCUCCAAGCAUGGCUUCUGUGGUAGCAGCUACAGUUGCUGCGGCUUCGGCAUGGUGGGCAACACAAGGUCUUCUCCCUCUUUUUGCUCCCCCCAUGGCUUUUCCAUUUGUCCCAGUUCCUACCGCUUCCUUUCCCACAGCGGAUGUCCAGCGAGCUACAGAGAACUGCCCAGUGGACAACGCACCAAAGGAAUGCCAAGUAGCUCAGGGGCAAGGUCAACCUGAAGCUAUGAUAGUUGUAGCAUCUUCUGGGUCCGGCGAGAGUGGAAAAGGAGAGGUGUGUCCUCACACUGAGUUAAAUAUAUCUCUGGCUGAUAAAGCUGAGACAACACCUGCCACAGGAGCUGAAACAAGUGAUGCUUUGGGCAACAAGAAGAAGCAGGAUCGCUCUUCAUGUGGUUCCAACACACCAUCAAGUAGUGAUGUAGAGGCAGAACAUGUUCCUGAGAACCAAGAUCAAGCUAACGACAAGACACAGCAAGCAUGUUGCAGUAAUUCUUCAGCUGGUGACAUGAACCAUCGCAGGUUUAGGAACAUUUCAAGCACGAAUGAUUCAUGGAAGGAAGUUUCCGAGGAGGGUCGUAUGGCUUUCGAUAAACUGUUCAGUAGAGGAAAGCUUCCCCAAAGCUUUUCUCCUCCACAAGCAGAAGGAUUGAAGGUGGUUCCCAGAGGGGAGCAAGAUGAAGCUACUACGGUGACGGUCGACCUCAACAAGAGUGCUGCAGUUAUGGACCAUGAACUUGACACAUUGGUUGGGCCAAGAGCUUCCUUUCCCAUUGAAUUGUCACACCUGAAUAUGAAAUCCCGCCGGACAGGCUUCAAACCUUACAAGAGGUGCUCGGUGGAAGCAAAGGAGAAUAGGGUGCCGGCUGCUGACGAGGUUGGUACCAAAAGGAUUCGCCUUGACAGCGAACCCUCCACGUGAUUUACUUCCCACGACAUGAUUACCAGCCUGCACAAGUAGUGUAUUUUCAAGAAAUUGCGGUAUUUACAUCUAAGCUACUAUAGGACUUGCCAGUCCUUGCAAUGCAGUGUUUCACAGAACUCAAUUUGUUAUGUGUUGUAUGUUAAUGCUUGCCGAGCAGCCCUUUUAGACUGUCAAUUAAGCAUUAAGCACCUAUGCAUGCUACUUUAUUGGUAAAAAAGUAAUUCUGCUUA